AUGUCUACCAGUUGUGCUGGAGGGCAUGCCGAGAAGGCCCUCCAUCAUACGAACGCAGUCGACCAUUAUUGCAAGGCACUACGGCUCCAGGCACAGGAAAAUCUCGCAUCCUUGGACAUGCAAAGUCUCAUGUUAGGCUCCAUUCUCUUCAUCUGCUUUGAGGCUCUUCGCUCCAACCAGAAAGCGGCAUUGCAGCACAUCGCCCGUGGGACCCCCUUACUCCAGCAAUUAUUCACCCACGAUAGAUCUAGUUCUCAUAUUCGCAAAAUAGCCCCCGACCCUUGGGAACUUCUGCAUGAGAUCGCAAGGGUAUAUGUGUAUCUGGGCGUCCAGACCCAGACCGUGAUGAGCGGACGACUAGACAGUAGCCAGUCCGCAAUCCGGACACUGGCUCAAGACUUGCAAGCGAAAGGCUACAAAGCGGGCAACGUCGAUGCAAACUUCGAUUACUAUUUGAACCCUCGGCGGAAAAUCGACCUGGAUUCUUCCCCUGAUAGCUUUUCCACACUUGCAGAAGCUUGCGAGAAUUGGGCCCUUACCGAACGCAAAAUACAAAAAUACUUCCCUCAACUUAUGGCAUCUAUGCCACGCCUAAUCAUUUUCACCGAGACAUUUCAGGAUGUCGACAACUUUUUCGAUCAGCUCGAGAAUCAGGCCGAAAUGGACAUCUUCGUCCGCAGCGCUCAUCACUACCUUGAGAGCUGGUACCGGGCAUUCAAACCGCUGCGCUUGAGCGCAUCUCGCAAUCGCUCGUCCAACCCGGACCUGUUCCAUCAGACUAUCUAUCUUCACCUCCAGUAUCUCGAACUUUAUCUCUUUGCCAUGUUCCCCAAGCAAGGCAACUAUGAUAUAGUGAGCGCUCUCACGCCUGUAUUUCGCCAGGUGAAUGAGCUCUGUGAGCACUUGGCCAAGGGCUGUAGGAGAGAGCUCAACGCAGAUGAAGGCGUGUUUUCGAUGCAGUCAACCGUGCUCUGGCGUUUGAUGUUCGUCGCAGUGAAUUGUCGAGACGCAAAUACCCGCAACGAGGCGAUCCGCAUCAUGGACAAAUAUCCUCACCGGGACGGGAUAUGGAACAACCACGCCUUUCUAGCCAUAGCAGAGCAGAAUCGGAAACUCGAACUUGAGAAUGCAAAGGAGGGCUCGGAACAUGAGCAAUGGCGGAGGCUCUGUUGGAGGGUAUUCCGCUUCGAGGACGCCGGGACCCGCGUUGUCUUCCGGUCGAUGCGCAAGACAGAUACUUGGGGGCUGGUCGAAGAGAUUGCAGACCUCGAGCAGGUUAAACGAGAUGGCUGGAAGAAUGUCAGGUGGGAAAGAGUCCCGCUACAUACGAAAAACCUCAUGCUCCAGUGGGGAAGGACGACAGGCAUCGAGGCCUUUCGAGAUCCUUCACGGUUAUCGACCGGUUGCGUAUCUCUUAACAUCACCUAG